AUGACAGGUACUUUACCAGAUGAGAUUGGUAACCUUAAUCUCGAGAAACUUAAUGUCUUUGGAAACCACUUAACUGGCACCAUUCCGUUCAAAAUAUUCAAUGUGUCAACAAUGAAAAUCCUUUGCCUGGGAUUUAAUAACUUUUCUGGCAAUCUUCCUUCGGACAUGGGGUUUUGGCUUCCGAAUCUUGAAGGGCUUUACCUAUUCAUUAACAAACUCAGUGGAACAAUCCCGAGCUCUAUCUCUAAUGCUUCUAAGCUUACCAUCAUUAGCAUGGGCACGAACUCAUUCACUGGAUCUAUACCCAACACACUUGGUAGUUUAAGACUCUUGCAAAGGCUUGCCCUUCACGCAAAUAGUUUGGCUGGGGAGUCUUCUACUCCAGAGUUGAAUAUUUUCUCUUCUUUAACAAAUUGUAGACAAUUGGAGGUCUUAACCAUAUCAUUAAAUCCACUAAACGGCAUACUUCCAAUGUCUGUCGGGAAUUUGUCUACUAGACUACAAAUAUUUGAAGCACUUGGCUACAAAAUCAGGGGCAACAUUCCUAGUGGAAUUGGAAAUUUGAGCAACUUGGUAAUCCUACGAUUAGGAAACAACCAUUUGACUGGACCAAUUCCGAAAUCACUAAAAAGAUUACAAAAUCUCGUACGUUUGCAUCUUCAAAACAAUGCAUUGAAAGGAUCCAUCCCGGGUGACCUCUGUCAGUUAGGGAAAUUAGGAGAUUUGAAUGUGAGUGAUAAUAUGUUGUCUGGACAGAUUCCGACAUGCUUGGGUGAGCUUAAAUCUCUAAGAUGGCUCUACCUUUGCUCCAACAGAUUGAGUUCUAAGGUACCGUUAAACUUGUGGAGCCUUGAAGACCUUUUGGGUCUCAACCUAUCCUCAAACUUUCUAACUGGUGAGCUACCAUUGUCUGUCGGAAACUUAAAGGUCAUAACCCUAAUUGAUUUGUCAAGGAAUCAAUUAUCAGGUACAAUCUCAAACACCAUCGGAGGAGCUCAGUCGUUAGUUUCUCUCUCGUUGUCCCACAAUAAAAUGCAAGGACCUAUUCCUCGAUCACUAGGCAACCUCAUAAGCUUGCAAUUAUUGGAUCUAUCUGGUAAUAAUUUGUCUGGAGAAAUUCCCAAGUCUUUUGAGGAACUCAGGUAUCUCAAAUAUUUGAAUGUGUCUUUCAAUAGACUGGAAGGAGAAAUUCCUAUUGCAGGACAUAUCCCUAAUUUUACAGCUCGAUUGUUUAUGCAUAAUGAUGCACUUUGUGGUGAACUCUGA